UGGCAAGCUUUCCACGGUACACGUCUGCGAAUGGAUAAUGUAACCGUUUAGCUCUCUCUUACUUUCUUUCUCUACUCCAUAACUCUCUUCCGGAAUGAACUUGGCUUCCGUUUCCUCGACGCCGCCAGUGGCUUCAACUUGUUUCCGUUGCCGACGAGCUUUCAUCUUCUCCUUCUCUCCUUCGCCUCUCUCUCUCUAUUUCCCGCGCGACUCAGCAUGGCCUCGAGUUCGCUCCCUGCGGACGGAAUCGGACGGCGCUAGGAUCGGUGACACGGAGUCGUACGGCUCGGAAUUGCUUCGUCGGCCGCUCAAUUCGUCUGAGGACGAGGAAAGCUCCGAGGAAGGAGAUGAGUUCGUGGAUUGGGAAGAUAAAAUUCUGGAGGUUACGGUUCCUCUCGUUGGCUUCGUGAGGAUGAUUCUUCACUCCGGAAAAUACGCAAACCAGGAUAGGCUAAGCCCUGAGCACGAAAGAACAAUCGUCCAGAUGCUGCUUCCUUAUCACCCUGAAGUUGAGAAGAAGAUCGGAUGUGGAAUAGACUUUAUCAUGGUUGGGCAUCACCCAGAGUUUGAGAGAUCUCGAUGUUUGUUUAUAGUUCGAAAAGAUGGAGAAGUUGUUGACUUUUCGUAUUGGAAAUGCAUCAAAGGUCUAAUAAAGAAGAAGUAUCCUCUCUAUGCAGACAGUUUCAUCCUCAGACAUUUUCGCAAACGUAGGCAGAACAGGUGAAGAAAAGCUUUAUUGUAGAUUCUCAAACUCAACAACGUUCUUGGAUACAUCCUACAAGGUUUUGAAGUUAAAACUCAGACACACAAGGUCCGUUCACAAUCAUUUUUCUCGUUUGAGUUGGAAUUAUGGAUGGAACUUUCUAGAAGAUAUGGUCGUCGCAGGAGAGGAGGAAUUACGCCAUCAGAAUAUUACCAUUUUCACUGUUUACAGUCCUUAGCAUUUAUAUGAUAUGAAACUUUUACAUUGAACUUAUGUGUAGAAGUAGAGACACGGUACACACUUUGUGUGCAGGGUUUGAAUAUUCUGAUGGAGUUUGCUUCUUUUU